AUGGGACCUAGAUGGAAAGGAAAGGAUGCAAAAGCUAAAGCUCUUGCAGAUCCCAUGUCAAGUAUAGUAUUGCAGCUUCAGUCUUCUCUAGUCCAAUCAGAUGCCCAAGGAUUCUUGUGUGGGUGCAAUGUACUUCUUGAAGCAGGACCAAAGCAAACUGAUCUCCUUCUUCGUGCCUGCUUUGGCGAACCCAUAAAAAACUUGUCUGGUGAACCCAUUAUCAACAAAAACAAUAAGCAUUGGUUUUACUUUGGCAUGGAAGAGGCAUUCUUCCUAUGCAAUUCUCUAAAAUGCCUCAAGAUACUUGAUGGUUUAGAUAACUGCCCAAAGAAUGAUCAAGAACUUUUCCAGUACAUGAAAUCUAAGAAAACAACAUUCCCCGAUUCUUACAAGGCUUAUUCUCAUCUUCGGCUGAAAAAUUGGGUUGUGAUGUACGAUUCCAAUUACUGUGCAGACUUUGUUGCCUACCGCCACCAUCCCUCUCUGGUCCACUCUGAAUUUGUUGUGAUUCUGUUAUCAGAAGGAGAUAGCGAGUCAAAUGAUCGAUUGAGGGUGUGGUCUGAUGUCCGUGGCACCAAAAGGCUGUGUAAAGUUAUUAAGAAGGCAUUGCUAGUUCUUAGCGUUGAUAAAAAUGGUCAUGAUGCUACCUCUCCAUCAUGUUUGGAAGGAUACACAGUUACAGAGCACACAAUUUCGAGAUGGAGUCCGGAACAAUGCCAUGAGGAUCACCCGAAAGAUGAUUGGGAACCAAGUAGUAGUUCUGUGCCAUUAAUGCCUAGCGGAACCACAUUAAGGUCUAAAGUGGCUUUAGCCCCACGGCAAGUUUCUCUCGAUCAAAUAUUCAAGGCUUUGGUUAUUUUCUUUUGGACAAUCGUAGUCUUCGGUUUUGGAUUUGCUUUAGGAAAAUUGCUUUAG